AUGCCCAACAACCAGAAGAACACCCAGCAGCAAGCCUCCGAGAAGGCUGAAGAGCUGAAGAACAAGGCUUCCGAGAAGAUCGAAGACAUGAAGGAAGGCGCCAGAGACAUGAAAGACAAAGCCGGAAAGAAGGUCGACGAGCUCAAGAACAAGGCCUCCGAUAAGGCUGAAGACGUGAAGGAAGGCGCGAGAGACAUGAAGGACAAGGCCGAGAGGAAAGUUGACAACGCCAAGGAUAGCGCCAAAAAAUCGUGCGACAAGGCUGGCAGGAAGUGCGAGAAAAAAGCUCACGAUGUGAAAGAAGGAGCCAAGGAUCAGUGCGACAAGGCCGGCAAGAAAUGCGACAAAAUGAAGAAGAAGGCUUCGAGAAAGGCUCGUGACCUGAAAGAUGGCGCUAAGCAGAGACUCGACGAAGCGGACAGCACUUCAGAAGGAACUUCAGAAGGCACCUCUUCCGAAGAGAGCGGUGACGAAUCCCAAGAGCCGCAAGGUUUGAUCGACGCCGCCAUUGUGAAGACUUCUGAGCUGGCUUCGUACGCUGGAGAAAAAGUGAUGGACGCUUAUCACGCCGUCGUCGGUGAGCCUAACAUCGAGGACAAGGCCGCUGACAAGGCCAAAGAAGGCGUCGACAGAGCAGCUGACAAGGUUGAUUAAAUAUAUAUAUAUAGUUUUGAUUCUUAAACUGGACAAUUUCAGACUAAAGAAGUUGCUGACAACACCGCCGGAACAUGGGAAGGAAUCAAGGAACAGAUUGGCGAGAAGAUCGAAGAUAUCAAGAACAAGGUAUCCGAAGUCUGGGAAGAAAAGAAGAAGGAAGCUGCUGAGAAGGCCGACGAACUCAAGGAGCAAGUAGAAGACAAGGCAGAAGACGCUAAGGAAGGGGCAAAGGACCUCAAGAACAAGGCCAGCAGGAAGAUCGAUGAGGCCAAGGACAAGGCUUCCGACAAAGCUGAAGACGUGAAGGAAGGCGCUAGAGACAUGAAGAACAAGGCCAACAGGAAGAUCGACGAAGCCAAAGACAAGGCUUCUGAAAAGGCUGAAGACUUCAAGGAAGGCGCCAGGGACAUGAAGAACAAGGCCAACAGGAAGAUUGAUGAGGCCAAGGAAAAGGCUUCCGACAAGGCCGAAGACGUCAAGGAAGGCGCUAAGGACCUCAAGAACAAGGCCGACAGGAAGAUCGACGACGCCAAAGAUUCGGCCAAGAAGACCUGCGACAAAGCCGGCAAGAAGUGUGAGGAGAAGGCCGGACAGGCCAAGGAGUGCGCCAAGGACGCCUGCGACAAAUCCCAGUCCUGCCACAAGCAACAAAAGGUGAGCUUCAUUUCCAAUAUAAAAACAAUCUAAAAAAUCUAAUUUUCAGAUCGAACAUGGCGGCCAAAACUUCCACUCAGGACGUAUCGUCGAGGGUCACUAA